CCAGUACAAACACUACAAACACUCCCUACCUACUUAACUAUCUACUAUCUACUACCUACUAUCAACUCACAACUUACCGAACAUACAUACACCUUCAUCAUGAGUCCACCCCAGUAUCCGUACAACAACAUGAACUUCUGGGACUUUGUCCAGCAGUUUGACCCAAACCAGGGAACCGGCCGUGGCGUUGACCACCAAACCGAGACUCCCUUUCCCUCUUUCAUGGCCGGUUUCCCCUAUGGAGGACCUGGAGCUGGUGCUCCUGGUCCCCAUCACGGCCCUCCUCGAGGUCCUCGUGGUCCUCCCCCACCUCCCGAGGCCGAUGGCUUCGUCUGGGGUCCUUGGUUCGCCGGUGAUAACACUCCCGACUCUCGCAACCGCAACGAGCAGCGCCAGCAGCCAAACGAAGCUGCCAGCACUGACAGCCGCCCUUCUGAUGAGACCUUGAACGUCCCUGACCCUGAGGAAGUUGCUCCCGAGGAGAGCCACUGCGGAACUGGUCCUCAGUGGCCUGGUCGUGGUCGUGGUCGUGGUCGUGGCGGUCCUCGAGGUGGCCGAGGUCGUGGAGGUUUCCCUCAUGGACAUGGUCCCCAUCAUGGCCCUCACCACGGACCUCACCCUCCUCCUCCUCCCUACGGCAGCCCUUUUGACUUUCCCGCUAUGUUCCGCGGCUGGGCCAGCCAUCCUUUCUUCCGCAACAUGCGCGAGCAGUUCCAGGAGACUCAGAACCAAGACCGAGCUACCACCACCGAAUCAUCAGACUCCUCCUUCAACCCACCCAUCGACGUCUUCAACGCCGAAAAGUCGUACGUCAUCCACGUCGCUCUCCCCGGCGCAAAGAAGGAGGACAUUGGUCUCAACUGGGACGCCGCCCGCAGCCUUCUCAAGAUCUCUGGUGUCGUCCACCGCCCCGGCGACGAGGCCUUCCUCAACACUCUCGCCUCCAGCGAGCGCAAGGUCGGCAUGUUUGAGCGCACCGUGACGCUUCCUCCCGUGGGAGCUGACGAGCGCGACGAGGUUGACGGCCUGGGCAUCACCGCCAAGAUGGAAGAUGGUGUCUUGAUCAUCUCUGUUCCCAAGGCCGAGAAGGAGUGGACUGAGAUCCACAAGAUCGACAUCGAGUAAGGGGCGGGUUACUAAUGAGCUUGAGAACGGAAAUGGAAUGGAAUGGGACGAUACGGUAUGCUAUGAUAUGAUAUCCACACUUUUGAAGGAGUUACAGUAAGUAGAUGGCCUGUUUUAUCGGCUUGGUACACGACAGUUUGAAUUUCUGGUUUGCUUUUGGUUUGGCAUAAACACCUUUUAUCUAGAUAAAUAAUCGGAGGAUAAAAAUUGGAAAAUAAACUUUAAUAUCAUCAA